GUCGCUCUGGCCUUUACAGACAAAUCCACAGGCUUCUGGAGGCUGAGGGACUUGAUUGGUGGCUGGUGGAGCUGAACCAUGAGCAGCAGUGAAUCUCUGUUACCUUAUUACACGGCCCAAAGCUACCGGUCCACGAGUGUUUUCAACACUUCCAUGGGGGAUCUCCAGCGGCAACUAUACAAAGGCGGGGAGUAUGACAUCUUCAAGUAUGCACCUAUGUUCGAGAGCAACUUCAUCCAGAUCACCAAGAAGGGGGAAAUGAUCAACGUGCACAACCGGGUGCGUACGGUGAGUGGCAUAACCUCCACCAGCCCCAUCCUGCCGCUCCCUUAUGUCAUGCUGCUGGCCCUGCCUGCCAAGGCAAGCGAUGAGCACCAAGUCCAAGUCCAUACCCAGUCCACCAAGGGGAGAGGCCGCAAACCCACAAAGGCCCUGGAACUCACCCGCCUCCUGUCCCUGAAGUUUGUCAAGAUCUCAGUCCAUGACCGCCUGAAGCAGCAGUUGCGUCUCAAACUGGCCACAGGCCUCACAUUCUCUCUGCAGCUCUGCCCGUCCUCGGAUGCGCAUGAGGACCUCUUCAGCUAUUGGAAGAAGCUUGUCUACCUGCUCAGACCCUCGAUGGAAAGCUGCAGCAGCACCCCUACUCUCCAACCAAGCGAGGUGACUACCUUGGACAAGACCAUUGGGAGUGGUUCCGGGGAACACAGGGGGCCAUGUGCCCUCUAA